CCGGCAGUCGGCGACCAGACGUCGAAGCGAUCAGUCGUGUCAGUUCCGCACACACAGCCAUCAUGAAGACCCUGGAGAUGUGGAAGAGAGUUGUGGCCAAGCUGGCUGCGAAGCAGCUGAGCUUGAGCCCGCGAGGAGGCCUGCUCGGACCGCUCUACCGCCGCCGCAGCGAGACGCCCAAGAUCACGAAACAACAGCAACAACAACUACAGCAACAGCAGCAGCAGGCGCGCCUCUGGGCCAGCUCACUCGCCACCCUGCUCAGCUCCAAACAGGGUCUCUCGCUGUUCCGGAGUUUUCUGGUGCAAGAGUUCUCUGAGGAGAACCUCGACUUCUGGCUGGCCGUUGAGGAGUACAAGCAGGCCAAACAUCUGAACCUGACCGCCUCGGCGCACCAGAUCUAUGAUGAAUUCGUCGCGCCAACCGCCCCCAGACAGGUGAACGUGGACUCGAAGACUCGCACCGCCGUCAAGGAAGGUCUCUCCAGUCCGACCACCGAGUUGUUCGACCGGGCGCAGCGGCGGGUCCAGAUCCUGAUGGAGAACGACACGUACGGCAGGUUCCUGCUCUCGGCUCCCUACCUGGCGCUGGUGGACGGCAAGGAGCUCCCCCAGGGUGUCAGAAGUUGAGCGACGCCGCCAGAGGCAAACUGUCGGUGAUUGACAUGACCGGAGAUCGGCGGUGUGAGACUGCGCCCAGUACCGACCACUCGGUGAUCACGGGGGCCCACACCGAUCCGGCACGGUCGGCGGCUGUUGCCAGGCCCGGCACGGAGAGAACAGCGGCCUUGGGGCUCCACGGCUGAGCGGGACGUGGCCCGGCGCCGAAUGCAGAGCCAACCCUGCACAGGCGCCUCCGGAAACGGGGCACCAGGGAAAUGAGGCAGCCGGUCGAGAUGAAAAAUGGCUGCGCAUUUCAUCCCCGGUGAAAACAUUCCGGUCAUCCCGGAUCAGGUGGCAGACACGAACUUUGCACCGGCCUGUGUUCCGACAGGUCGUCGGACGGCGCUCGCUCGCAAGUGGCUGAGCACGCCCUCGUUUACUCUUACUUGAUCCGUGUGCCCGUAUUGUCGGUCGCCAAGGAUGGCAACAGGGACAGCUAUUCGGAUCAUCGAAUGGGUCAUUUGGCUGGGCACCUGCGUUUUGGCAAAUGCUGUUGUUCAGUUACACAUCAUUUGACUAAUAUCUAACAUUGUAACUUAUGAGUUGCACGGCCUCGUUCAGUGUCAUUAUGCCCUAAAACUUGGUUCAACCGAACAGCUGUACUUGGUUUAACUAAGUUUCUAGUCACUGCAUCUCAGGACUUUGUUUCAAAGGCAAUUUUCAUCUUUGUCAUUCAUCAUCACCAUCGUCAUCUUCAUCAUGAGUUGCCCGAAAGGGACAUUUUGUAUUUAUCAAUGUCUACUAUGUUUAUCUUGCGCCCAACUAAAUGAAUAAAGGACCGCAAAAUUCAAAUAGGAAAGCGACAAUUGAAAUGGCAAAGACCGCUGGUCAUAGCGUUUAUUUUUUCUUCAAUUUUUGUGAACUGUGGCUGUUGAUUGUGUUGAUUUAAGUUAUCACGUCGGAACGGGUGCGUUGACUUGGACAGUGUUGUCCGCCUUGUGGUUAUCAGAUCUCCUGAAGUUAUAAGACAUGUCGAAGACAUGUCGUGCAUAACGACUUAUGCGUGUUGUUUGUAACUGGCGAACAAAUGCGUCACCUCGCCUGCCUAUGCGAGCAAACAGCCCCUCAGAGUCUGUCGGUGGCUGCUCAAUGCUCACUAUAUGAUUGUAUUCGACAUGCGUGUAUCUUAUUAUAGGUAGUCUUGCCUGUACCUGUGACAAUAUAUAUGAAUAUGUGAUACCUAA